GGACUUAUGUCUUAAUAUGUUUGAAGUAGCUUUGGAUUCUCUAAUGUUUUUUUAUAGACCAAGUUACAAAUGUUGGUUUUUCAGAUGAAUAAUAGUUUUCUCUCAAUUUGUCAUUAGGAUUAAUCAGUUAUGGAUAUUGAUCAUUCAACUUUACCUAAGCAUUCAAAUAAAAAUGUUUAUUUUCUUCUCAGUUUUCGAAAACUCUGUAUUUUUACUGUCUCUUUACCACUUUUCACUCUCAUAGUUUGUUUUAUUUUUGCUUAUAUUUUUCAACAAAGUGAAAUACAUGAGACACACUGCAGAGUUUAUAAUAUAAUUCCAUCAAUUAGUGCAAUUACUGGUAUAAGCCCUGAACGAUACUUAUGGAGAAUAUCGAUAGCAUUGCAUCUUGGUCCAAGAUUCCUAAUUUCAGAGGUUUACAACAACUAUUAUUCUAAACUGAUUGGAGAUAUAACUCCUAUCAGUGAACGACAAAGAUACCUAAAAUUUGUCAAACUUUGUUAUUGGCUGAGCCUAACAGAAAUAUUAUCUUUAGUUGGAGUUACAUAUAUAUCUAAUCAAGAUAACUACCCUCUCCAUGAAAAAAUUUUUAUAACAUUCAUGAUUAGUUCUCUGAUAUAUAUGCUUGUAUCAUUGAAGAUUUUUCAACGUACACAUCCAGUCAUGACCAAAUCACAAUUCAGGUCUUAUUCAAUCAAGAAGGUACUAUUCCUGUUAUCAAUAAUAUGUACUUUGGGGCUUGUGGUCUUUUUUAUGAAACAUAGGCUGUUUUGUCAUGAUUUGGCGUUUAGCUGGUUUGCUUUGUGUGAAUACAUCAUCGCUUCUGCCAAUAUGGGGUACCAUAUUACCGUUUUUUUGGACUUUCCAUCAGAACAUAUAAUUAUAACUCAUCCUGAUUGUCUUUCUAAAGUAACAAAGACCAAUUGAUUGACUGCUUUUAGAUCAUAAUAUUUGAACUCUAUAUUUGGUUUUGUAAUGACUGUAUGUUAUCUGUGAUGUGACCAUUUUGUAAUCUUAGUGCUUAGUUUGAAUGAUAUUAAUUGUUUCUUUACCUGUGUUAAGAUUAUCAGUCAUAAUUUAUUGAUUUAUAAAUAUUUAUA